AUUAAGCCUGCGUGACGAAUUACAACCAGAAGAAAGAAAAUGCAGUUGAAAUCAUUUCUGAGGUCAUCAUCAUUGGACAGCUGCAGCUCAAAACGAUCCAGUUAUAGUAGGAAUUUUGACUUACCGGAGGAUAUAGUGGUGCCGGCGGAGAAGUUGGAUACCGGCGGGGAGUAUGUCGGAGGAGCAAUGUUACCGAUUUUUCUCAAUGAUUUGAGGAGAAACAACGAUAAUGAUUUAGUGGAAGUUACGCUUGAAUUGGAUGAUAAUUCAAUUGUUUUGUGUAGCGUAGCACCAACACCAUCACACAUUAAUGAUGAAGGUAGUGAAGAAGGAGAAGAGGAAGCACCGCCCAACGGAUUUCUGGCUCGUAGUGCAUCGGCGGCCUCCAAACUCCGCCGGAAAUUCUCGUGGAUCCGAUCGCCGUCGGUGAUGUCACGGACAUCGGCGGCAGCAUCAGAAGUCUCCGAUGAUAAUUUUCAGCUUCACCAUACAACAAACACCUUAUCUGCACGAGAGGAGAUGAAAUCGAAAUUGAAACUAGUAAGAAGUAAAUCAACGGCUCAGCGUGCGCUUGGUGGAUUGAGAUUUAUAAGCAAAACAACUGGCGAAUCUGACACAAAUGUGCUAUGGAAAAAAGUGGAGGCGCGGUUUCAUGCUUUGGCCAAAGACGGAUUACUUGCUAGAGAAGAUUUUGGUGAAUGCAUUGGAAUGGUGGAUUCGAAAGAAUUUGCAGUUGGGGUUUUCGAUGCGUUGAUACGGCGGCGGCGUCAAAAAGCGGCAAAGAUAACCAAAAUUGAGCUUCAUGAUUUUUGGUUACAGAUUUCUGACCAAAGUUUUGAUGCUAGGCUUCAGAUUUUCUUUGACAUGGCGGAUAGCAACGGAGAUGGAAAAAUCACGAGAGAUGAAGUUCAAGAGCUAAUCAUGCUGAGUGCUUCGGCAAAUAAGUUGUCCAAGUUGAAGGAACGUGCAGCCGAGUAUGCUUCUUUAAUUAUGGAGGAACUAGAUCCUGAAUGUCUUGGUUACAUUGAGUUAUGGCAGUUGGAAACGCUUCUUCUGCAAAGGGACAAUUACAUGACCUACAGCAGACCCUUAAGCACAACAAGUGUUGGAUGGGGUCAAAAUUUAGGAACUCUUAAUAAGACCAAGAACCUAGUAAAGAGAGCAAGCUAUGCAUUCAAAUGCCUUGUAUUAGAUAACUGGCAAAGAGGCUGGAUUCUUUUGCUAUGGGUGAUGAUUAUGGCUGGACUUUUCACCUGGAAAUUCUUGCAGUAUAGACGAAGAGCAGCAUUUCAAGUUAUGGGUUACUGCUUGGCAACUGCUAAAGGAGCUGCAGAGACUCUCAAGCUCAACAUGGCACUUAUUCUUCUACCAGUUUGUCGAAACAUUUUAACUUGGCUACGAUCUACUAGGGCAAAGCUCCUCUUUCCUUUUGAUGAUAAUAUCAAUUUUCACAAGAUUAUUGCAUAUGCUAUUGGAGUUGGAAUCUUGCUUCACGCAGUGAACCAUUUAGCGUGUGAUUUUCCUCGUCUGAUUAACUCAUCUCCUGAAAAGUUUGCACUGAUUGCUUCUGAUUUUGACAACGUGAAGCCCACUUUCAAAAGUCUAUUGACUGGUAUUGAAGGCGUCACUGGCAUUGCUAUGGUGAUUUUGAUGGCAAUUGUCUUCACACUAGCAACAAGCAGCUUCAGGAGAAAUGUAUUGAAGCUACCACCUCCUUUCAGUCGAUUAACAGGCUUCAAUGCAUUUUGGUACUCUCAUCACCUUCUAGCAGUGGUCUAUGUACUACUACUGGUACAUGGAACAUUUGUAUUCUUGGUUCACCAAUGGUGGCAGAAAACAACAUGGAUGUACAUCUCCAUGCCGUUGCUCCUCUAUGUAGCAGAGAGGAGUUUGAGAACAUGCCGAUCAGAACACUACGCAGCAAAAAUUUUGAAGGUUUCUGUACUUCCAGGAGAUGUCUUUAGCCUUACCAUGUCAAAGCCUAAUAGUUUCAAAUACAAGAGCGGGCAGUACAUAUUCCUGCAGUGCCCAACAAUCUCCUCAUUUGAAUGGCAUCCAUUUUCUAUAACAUCAGCACCAGGAGAUGACUACCUCAGUGUUCACAUUCGCAUGGUAGGUGAUUGGACCAAUGAACUUAAGCGGGUAUUCACAGAGGAUGAUAGUUCAGCAUGUGAAAUAGGGCGGGCUAAGUUUAGAGAACGUGGAAAUGUUGAUCAAAGAGGUUUACCUCGAUUGCUUGUUGAUGGACCAUACGGUGCCCCAGCACAGGACUAUCAAAAUUAUGAUGUCUUGCUCCUCGUGGGACUAGGUAUUGGAGCUACGCCUUUUAUAAGUAUCCUAAAAGAUCUAUUGAACAAUUCAAGAUCAGAAGAACUGGAUUCGACUACCGAAACCAGCGCUUCGGAUGACAGCUGGACAAGUCUUGCCUCUUCAAGCAUGGCAUCAACUGGAAAAAAGAAAUCACUAAGGACAAAAAGUGCACAUUUUUAUUGGGUUACCAGAGAACCAGGAUCCUUUGAGUGGUUUAAAGGGGUGAUGAAUGAAGUGGCUGAGAUGGAUCACAAAGGUCUGAUAGAGAUGCACAAUUAUCUUACAAGUGUUUAUGAAGAGGGUGAUGCCAGGUCAACUCUCAUCACCAUGGUCCAGGCGCUCAACCAUGCAAAACAUGGUGUUGACAUCCUGUCCGGCACUCAGGUAAGGACACAUUUUGCAAGGCCCAACUGGAAGGAAGUAUUCAACAAAAUUGCUUCAAAACAUCCAUAUUCCACAGUAGGAGUCUUCUACUGCGGGUUGCCUGCCUUGGCAAAGGAAUUGAAGAAGCUAUCACAAGAAUUGACUUACAAGACAUCCACACGAUUUGAGUUCCACAAAGAGUACUUUUGAAAUAGCAAAUUUAGCAAAUAAGCGACACGGUAUUCUUUAUUUUUCUUUUCAUUUUUUGUAAUUGUCCAUAUGAUUAAGAGGAACGAAUGUACCACUACACACUCAUCCAGAGAAAUGUAAAUGCAUAUAUUAUACGAGUUACAAUAGAGAAAGAAGUCAAAAUAGUGAGUUCUAUCUAUAGGAGAAUGUAAUUAUUUGUCCUUUGGGGAUCUCCACAAAAAGAUUUUUCUACUGACGCAAGAAAGCAAUCAUGUUUGUCGUUACAGUGUCAAAUACAUACAG